GCGGGUGACCUGUGGUUUAGGAUGAGCCGCCGCGUGUGAGUGUAAGGACGUGACGGCUCUGCGUGUUUACCACACGGGUCUGCGGGAGCCGCAGCGUGUACCUGCAGGCUGUGUGAGAGCGUGUGUGAGCUGCUCGGAGGCAGAUCUUCCACAGAACACGCCCUAGUAGAAAAGGUAGACACACACACUCACGGCGAGAGAGAGACGCACACAAACACACACACUGAGCCCGAUCACCGAGGAGCCGAGCUGCCUUACCUGUACACAACAGCCCCAAUGCUCCCCUGCAGGCUGCCACCUCCAGCGCACGGUCACCAGAUGAGAGCAGGGCGCGUUUACUUCCACACACUCUGGACUUAUCGUAUAUUUACGCGCGGGGCUCUGAACACCUGGAGAGCCUGCGGGACUCGGCAGGAGGAGUAAAGCUGGGUGUUGUUGCAACAGCGGAGCGUUCAUCCACCGGCAGGGCUGAGUACCAUGAACAGGAAUACGCGGCGCUGGAUUUUCCAUUUUUUCCUGUGCCUCGGGAUAGUGUACCUGAAAAUCGGGGGGCUGUCGUCGGUGGUGGCGCUGGGAGCGAGCAUCAUCUGUAACAAGAUCCCCGGCUUGGCCCCGCGUCAGAGGACUAUCUGUCAGAGUCGACCCGACGCGAUCAUAGUGAUCGGGGAAGGAGUUCAGAUGGGAAUCAAUGAGUGUCAGUUUCAGUUCAGGCACGGCCGCUGGAACUGCUCAGCCCUGGGGGAGAGGACCGUGUUCGGGAAAGAACUCAGAGUGGGCAGUAAGGAGGCUGCUUUCACCUACGCUAUCAUAGCCGCAGGGGUCGCCCAUGCAGUCACAGCGGCCUGCACCCAGGGGAGCCUGAGCGGCUGCGGUUGUGACAAGGAGAAACAGGGUUUCUACAACCAGCAGGAGGGCUGGAAGUGGGGUGGCUGUUCUGCGGACGUCCACUAUGGACUGAGUUUCUCCAAGGUGUUUGUGGAUGCGCGGGAGAUCAAGCAGAGCGCCAGGACACUCAUGAAUUUACACAACAAUGAAGUGGGACGCAAGGUCCUGGAGAAGAGCAUGCACCUAGAGUGCAAGUGUCACGGGGUUUCUGGAUCCUGCACCACGAAGACAUGUUGGACGACACUCCCCAAAUUCCGUCAGCUGGGAUACAUGCUCAAAGACAAGUACAACCACGCUGUUCACGUGGAGCCUGUGCGCGCCAGGCGGAACAAGCGCCCCGCCUUCCUGAAGAUCAAGAAACCACACUCCUACCGCAAGCCCAAGGACAUGGAGCUAGUCUACAUCGAGAGGUCUCCCAACUACUGCGAGGCUGACCCUCUGACCGGAAGCAUGGGGACGCAGGGCCGUCUGUGUAACAAAACAGCUCAGCAGCCCAACAGCUGUGACCUGAUGUGCUGCGGUCGGGGAUACAACACACAUCAGUACUCGCGUGUUUGGCAGUGCAACUGCAAGUUCCUGUGGUGCUGCUAUGUCAAGUGCAACACGUGCAGUGAGAGGACAGAAGUGUAUACCUGUAAAUAGAUAGAUUUACUGGACAUUCCUUUAGCGUGUUGUUCGUGGGUUUCAGUAUCUGUGGAGAGACUGCCUUGCUGCCCUUGUGUUACAGCAAUCACAGCUUUUUCAUUCAACUUUGUCGAUUAUAAUGAUGCCAAUGGACAUCUGCCACGACACUGGACUUGAGCUAUCAGCUUCACAAAUGUUCUUUUUGUGUUUUAAAUUGAUUGACAUUUUGUGCUGCAUGCUUAACGUUUUUACAGGCCGUACUGGUCUACUGGCAUGACUCACCUUAAACAGUAGGCCUAACAGGUUUUUAUUUUAUUUUUCUUUUGUUAAUCGACUAAUAAUUUAUUUGAUGAGAAAACUACUGAUCAUUUUGAAGAUUCACUGCAACUAAAUCUAGUAAAGGUUUGGUGGUGUAGAUUCCGGUUUUUAGAAAAAAAAGAAAAAAGAAACGGGCACUUUUUCUUUGUUACUUUUUUUUUGAAGACUUAAACACUGGAUAUAAAAACUCAAACAGUCUGAACUAACCAAUAGUGAAUAUUUGGGAAACUACAGCAGAACAUUAAACUACUGAUUAUGGGUCAAGUAUGAUAGUAUUGUUUUCUACUUGUUCUCUGUCCCAUUUCCUCUUCACUUUGCUGCUAGUUGUCUGGAAAGGUGGUCGAGCAGCCACAUUUUUAGUUAACCCCAGGAGCAAAUGCAAGCUCCCAGAUCUAAAUCCCCAUGUUGCUGGUUAAUAGAAAAUAUUUUGUAAGAGUUUAUUUUUAUAUAAAUAUUUCUUUAUUUAUUUCCCAUCUUUGUUUAAGAUGUGUUUUCCCUUUACGUUAGUAAUUGUGUGUAUUACUGAUUUCAGGAAAUGACCCACUACAGUUUAAAUAUAAGUCCUGCACACUUGCUAACACGUUUAUUAAGUCACAACAUUUUGGUCUGACUGACCUUCAAGAGGUACAUUGUAUGUCUGUACACACACACACACACACAC